ACAACCGAGAGACAGGCUUCCUCUCACUCCCACUCACAUCUUUCGAGCUGAGGAAUUUGCAGAAGCAGAGCAAAAACCCGAGAUGAAUUCCGAAAACGAGAAGAGAAUUAGCCAAGCCCAGCAAAAUUCAGCAUGAAACUUCAUUUCUUUAUCUUCCUCUCUAUCAUAUCAUUAUCUCAAUGCCCCGUGCCCCACGCGGCCAAGGGGACCAAAGCUAUCAGCUUCAGAACUUUCGAUGAAGCUCAAUCAAGAAGAAUUCUGCACCAACCGUUGUUCCCGGUGGGUUCUGCUCCACCACCAGCCGCCGUUGAGUCUCCGCCACCGCCCCCUCCGGACACCCCAUCUUCUCCCGAUAUUCCUUUCUUCCACGAGAAUCCAGUGGGACCAACGCCGGAUCAGAAUCAGCCACCUCCGGCGAUUCCCAAUGGCAUGACAGUUCCGAAUCCGACGGCAACAACAUCGGCGAACAAGCCCACGAAGAAGGUCGCAAUUGCCGUGUCUGUUGGAAUUGUGACUCUUGGUAUGCUCUCUGCUCUUGCCUUCUUCUUGUACAGACAUCGUGUGAAGAACCCCGGUGAGACCCAGAAGCUUGUGGGUAGGAAUUCGCAGGGCAUUAACGAGGAUUCUUCGGGGGCCCCACCGUCGAGUUUUCUGUACAUUGGGACAGUGGAGCCGACACGAACGGAAUCAGCGAGUGAGCCCGUUGAGACUAAUGGAGGAAACAAGUCGCCUUAUCAUAAACUGAAUCCUCCAAAGCGAUCCGAUCGGUACCGGCCAAGUCCUGAAUUGCAGCCAUUGCCGCCUCUAACAAGGCCGCCGGAUGGCAAUUACCCGCCGGCGGUUUCUUCGUCUUCUUCUUCUUCGUCUUCCGACGAGGAAAGCCACGACAUGGCAUUUCAUACGCCGCACGGGUCAUCGCUGAGCCACGAGGAUGGCUAUUAUACACCAGUUUCGCGUCAGAGUUCUCUGGCUAACGGUAGCCCGACGGUUACUGCGAGGAGUGAGACUCAUUCCACUAGUUCUCAUCCUUUUUCAAAAAGGACAUCACCAAAAUCUCGCUUCACUGCUUCUUCGCCGGAUGUGAGGCCUGUUAUUAUACCAUCUAUAAAGCAGGCUCCGCCUCCUCCUCCUCCUCCUCCGCCGCCGCCAAUCCGAUCAACACCAUUUCAGCAUCUAGACAAACAAGUGACCUCCGGUACUUCUAGAAGACCAAAAUUCUCAGCGCCACCUCCGGCACCAAAUUUGACGCAUCUCCAGUCAACAGACUACACACCCCAGGACACGUCGAGGACUUCACUUAAAUAUCCUCAUCCGCCGCCUCCUCCACCUCCUCCUCCUCCACCUCCACCUCCACCGCCGCCCCUGAAAACAACACCAAUGAAAACAGUGUCGCCGGCAAUUAGUGUUCCCUCAUCUUCUGCUUCAAGAAACCAACAGUCUUGGUCUGCGAGUGAAGGAGCAGCUUCUGUUAAGAGUAUAACAAAAGCCUCAGACUCUGAACAUGUUGAUGAAAGGCUUGCCUCUUCCCGGAGGAUGGAAGCCGAUGACAUGGACGGAGGGAAACCCAGACUAAAGGCUCUGCAUUGGGAUAAAGUGCGUGCAACCUCAGAUCGUGCUACAGUGUGGGACCAGCUAAAAUCAAGCUCUUUUCAAUUAAAUGAGGACAUGAUGGAGAGCCUGUUUGGCUGCAAUUCUACUACAAAUGUUGUUCCAAAAGAACCUCCUAGAAAACUAGUUCUUCCUCCUGUUGUUAAUCAGGAGGAGAAGGUACUGGACCCGAAGAAGUCACAGAACAUUGCUAUACUACUAAGGGCACUGAAUGUUACAAGAGAUGAAGUGUGCGAAGCUCUUUUGGACGGCAAUCCUGAAGGUUUGGGUACUGAGCUAUUUGAAACUCUAGUGAAGAUGGCUCCUACUAAGGAGGAAGAGAUAAAGCUUAAGAAGUAUGAUGGUGACCUUUCAAAACUUGGGUCUGCGGAAAGAUUUCUUAAAGCAGUGCUUGAUAUCCCUUUUGCCUUCAAAAGAGUUGAAGCCUUGCUGUACAGAUCUAACUUUGAUACUGAAGUUAAUUACCUGAGGAAGUCUUUUCAAACCCUCGAGGCAGCAAGUGGGGAAUUGAAGAACAGUCGACUGUUCCUCAAACUCCUCGAAGCUGUUCUUAGGACAGGAAAUAGAAUGAAUGUUGGCACCAAUCGUGGUGAUGCUAAAGCUUUUAAACUGGACACACUGCUAAAACUGGUGGACAUAAAGGGAACCGAUGGUAAGACUACAUUGCUUCACUUUGUGGUCCAAGAGAUCAUUAGAUCCGAAGAUUCAGGCAAUGAUUCUGCAAAUGAGAACGUUCAGAAGCAAAAGAAUUCCAAAUUCAAUGAGGAUGAGUUCAAGAAGCAAGGAUUGCAGGUUGUGGCUGGACUAGGCAGAGACCUCAGCAAUGUCAAGAAAGCAGCAACAAUGGACUCAGAUGUCUUGAGCAGCUAUGUCACAAAGCUUGAAAUGGGGCUUGAGAAAGUGAGAUCUGUUUUCCAAUAUGAAAAAUCAGACACGAAAGGGAAUUUCUUCAACUCCAUGAAGCUAUUUUUGAGAGAUGCUGAAGAGGAAAUUGUUAGGAUUAAGGAUGACGAAAGAAAGGCUUUAUUCCUUGUGAAGGAAGUUACAGAAUACUUUCAUGGGAAUGCAGCAAAGGAAGAAGCCCACCCUUUCAGAAUCUUCAUGAUUGUAAGGGACUUUCUAAAUAUCUUGGAUCAAGUGUGCAAAGAAGUGGGAAGGAUGCAGGAUAGAAUUAUGGUCGGUGCUGCAAGAUCUUUCAGGAUAGCUUCUACUGCAUCACUACCUGUUCUCAACAAGUACCAUGCAAGACAAGAUAGAAGUUCAGAUGAAGAGAGUUCAUCCCCAUAGCACUGUAAAAUAUGAAGCAACAAUAGUUUCUCAGGACAAGGAUAGUUCUUCUAUACCAGAUGUCAUUCCAAAGUAUCAGUGGAAGAGUACAGCUUUGUGAAUAAAAAAAUGGUUCCCUGAAAUUGAUGCAAGCAUGUUGGGGAGACAACAAGAACCAGUGGUAAGUAUUUUCUGAUUCACAGAGUAAGGAGGCAAAAGCUUAUACUCAAACAUAAUAUGAAGCAGAAUUAAAUUUCUCAAUGGGAAGUGCGAGAUCCACGUCUUUUUUGUUC